AUGGCCAGUGUGGUGGACACUAGAGAGACUGAAGUCACCUUGACUUCGGAGCCAAUAGUGAGAGAUUUUCCAGACAUUUUUCUAGAGGAUCUUCCCAGACUACCCCCGCAGCGGGAGAUAGAUUUUGCUAUUGAGUUGGAGCCAAGCACAACCCCUAUUUCAAAGGCUCCAUAUAGGAUGGCCCCAGCAGAGUUGAAGGAACUGAAGGUUCAAUUGCAGGAGUUUUUGGACAAGGGGCAUGUAGUAUCGAAGGAAGGUGUCUCUGUGGAUCCUGCAAAGGUUGAGGCAGUUACGAGACCUCAAGCAGAGGCUGGUUUCAGUCCAGUUCUUACAGUACUGGAUGGAUCAGGUGGUUUUGUCAUUUACAGUGAUGCGUCCAAAAAGGGGUUGGGAUACAAAGAGUUAAACAUGAGGCAAAGAAGGUGGUUGGAGCUGGUGAAGGAUUAUGACUGUGAAAUUUUGUACCAGCCAGGAAAAGCAAAUGUAGUGGCAGAUGCUCUAAGUAGAAAGGUGGCUCAUUCAGCAGCCCCUAUUACCAGACAGACUCCCUUGUGCAGGGAACUGGAGAGGGCAGAGAUUGCAGUGGCUGUGGGAAAGGUUGUGGUAGAUAGACUUACGAAGUUAGCACAUUUCAUACUUGGGAAGUCCACCUUUUCAGUGAACAAGUGGGCACAGAUAUAUAUGAAGAAGGUGAUGAGAUUGCAUGGAGUGCCCGUGUCCAUCGUGUCGGACAAAGACCCUCAUUUCACGUCUAACUUCUGGAAAAGUCUCCAGGUAGCUUUAGGGCCCGGAGACUUCAAUACCUCUUUCCACCCUCAGACUGAUGGGCAGACAGAGAGAUUGAAUCAGAUAUUGGAAGAUAUGUUGCGUGCUUGUGCCAUAGAGUUUUCAAGAAGCUGGGAUGCUCACUUGCACUUAAUGGAGAAGGGAAAGUUGAGUCCGAGAUUCAUUGAACCUUUCGAGGUCCUGGAACGAGUUGGUCCCGUAGCUUACCAUUUGACAUUGCCCCCAACACUGUCUUCAGUUCAUAAUGUCUUCCAUAUUUUGAUGCCAAGGAAGUAUGUGACAGACCCGUCCCAUGUAGUUGACUACGAGCCUUUACAGUUGAAAGACAACUUGAGCUACGAGGAGAAGCCUAUAGAGAUCCUCAUUAGAGAGGUAAAAAUAUUGCGCCGUCGAGAAAUUGUUUUUGUGAAAGUCCUGUGGCAGAAUCACCAGUUCAAGGAAGCUACCUGGGAGCGAGAGGAUGAGAUGAAAACCCAGUACCUGGAGCUUUUUCAAGAAUGA